AUGGCUCCAACACUAAGCCCAGAACAAGUCGCAACCAUCAAGGCCACAGUCCCGGUGCUGGCGGCCUACGGCGAGACAAUCACGCGACAGUUCUACAAGAACAUGCUUGCUGCCAAUCCGUCUCUAAAGUCGAUUUUCAACCACACGCACCAGGCAACAGGCCACCAGCCUCGCGCCUUGGCUGGUUCACUCUUCGCUUAUGCCUCUAAUAUUGACGACUUGGGAAAAUUGUCUCCAGCCGUGGAGCUGAUUUGCCACAAACAUGCCUCACUGUACGUUCAGCCAGAUCAAUACAAGAUAGUAGGCAAGCACCUUCUCGAAACGAUGAAAGAAGUGCUGGGCGACGCUGCAACGCCCGAGAUCAUGGAAGCGUGGGGAGUGGCGUAUUGGCAACUCGCCGAAAUCAUGAUUGGGAAAGAGGCGGGAAUGUACGAAGAGACACAUGGCUGGACUGACUGGAAGGAUUUCAAGAUCGUGCGGAAAGAGAAUGAAUCUAUAGAGAUCACAUCUUUCUACCUCGAGCCAGUGGACGCGUCGUUGAAGCUUCCACUGUUCAAACCGGGGCAGUACAUUUCCGUGCAGAUGUUUGUGGACGAGUUGGAAGGCGGUGUGUGGCAGGCGAGACAGUAUAGUCUGAGCGAUGCACCUGGAAAGAAUUAUCUGCGGAUUAGCGUCAAGAGGGAAGAAGGAGUGGAGAUUGGAGACUCAAAGAGCAUGACGCACCCAGGAUAUCUAUCCAACAUUCUGCAUGAUGUGAAGCAGGUUGGAGAUGUGGUUCGGGUAUCGCAUCCAUUUGGAGAUUUUUUCUUCGACGAGAAGGAGAGAGACAAAGAUGCCCCGGUGGCUUUGAUCUCGGCGGGGGUUGGUUUGACUUGUUUGACGAGCAUCUUGAAUAAGCUUGCGGCAGAGAACUCGACACGACCCAUCUCUUGGAUCCACGUCGCUCGCAACUCUGGCACACGGGCGUUCAAAUCGCACAUCGAUGGGCUCGUCGCUUCGAAUAAGAGGAUACAAACAAUUCUCUUCGAUUCUGAGCCCAGCGUAGAUGAGGUCCAGGGGCAGGAUUACAACAUUGAGGGUCGAUUGGAUCUCGACAAGAUCAGCAGUGACGUUCUGUUCACGAAGAACGACAAGGCCCAAUAUUUCGUCUGUGGUCCGACCCAAUUCAUGUUGGAUGUAGAGGCCAAAUUGAAGAGCUUCGGAGUUGUAGGUGAACGAGUGAAGAUGGAAUUGUUUGGUACUGGUGGAGUACCACGCAUCUGA